AACGGAGAAAUAGACUCAAAAUGGUGGUCGGGGGCCGAGACGGUUGCGGAGAGAGAGAUCUGGAGUUCUUUGCAGUGAGGGACAAUUCUGUAGGAAAAAUUGGUCUUCAUUUUCUCUUUCUAAUGUCGGGCAGCGUUUGUUAGGUGUAGAUGGUUGGUGGGCGUGGCUUAUGGCUUUGCAGUAGCCAUGUGCAUUAGCACAGAGUAUUUUUCGCCUACUAUCUAUACUGCUGAAGAGCACUGGGUAAGUGAAUUAUUUGAUAUCCACUUCUUGUGUUCAUACUCCGCAACCUACACUUGUCUAGUGUUUGUGUGUGUGUCCUCGUUGACCUUUCACCCUCAGGAAUGCGGCGAGACAGGAUGUAUCGCCGUGGUUACGACCGGGACUCGUCGGAGACAUGGGACUGGAGUGAUGCGACGGGAGAUGAUGUAUCGCUAUGGCGACGACCUUGACCCCGAGGAGCUGGAGGAGCUGCUGAUGGAGAUGAAGCCGUCAGAGGAGGAGAUAAAGAGACGUGAUCGCCAGGAGCUCAUCUACUGGAUCAACAGCCAGAUGCUGCCUCCUAAACUACGCUUGUGCCACAACCAUCAUGAUCUCCAUGACACUAUGGCCAGGUAUGUCAGAGAGGCCAAGUUUGGAGCCAUGAUAGCCGACACCAAGAGGUUCGAGGUCUACUACGUCAGUGAGAGAGACGUUCCCACUGAGAAGGACUUGUAUACCUAUCUCUGUCGGUUCACCAGUGCCGCACUCAACAAUAGAGAGUCGGAGGACAAGUCGUAUGUACUCCUGUGUGGAGUGGAGGAGGACCUGGAGACCAAGAUAUAUCCCCUGGCAACGGGCAUCUCGUACCUCGACCCUAGCAACAACGAGGAAAUGACAAAGACGUUGAGGAAGAUGCUGUGUCGCAGCAGCAAGCGUCGCUAUGGAAUCAAAGACGCGGAUUUCUCUUCGUCGGACGAGGGGAUGACAAAGCUGACGGUGGUGAGGUGUGAGCAGAAGGCUCAGAAGAUGGAGCCUCCGUACCCGGCUCUGUGUGUGUUCUCUGUCCACCCACUCUGGGUUUACUCCCACGAGUGGAGCUACCUGUUCGGACCAGUGGACGAGAACAGGAGGUAUCAUCCUAGGGUCCACACAUUUGAGGAUGGUAAACCAGCUGUAGUGCUGGAUCCUGUCGUCAUCCAGGAAUUGGAGCAGAAUGUCUAUGACAGCUACCAGUACUACCGCAAGAGCAAAGGCUACAUCUGAAACAUGCGUCCACCAACACCUCACUAACUAUUAUCACACAAUUUGAAUAAAAUUAAUAAAGAUGUCUUCCUGUCAUUUCCACCAUUCCAUCGUCCUCUGUCGUCCCUUCUGGUGCCACUGAUAAACCAGUUCCGUCAUCUUUGGUUGCCACGGUAGCACUGUUGGUUUCUUUGUUGCCAUGGAAGCAGAGUUGGUCUUUAUUUAAGGGGUUAAAAUGCACAGUAAGAACUGUUCUUGGGGAAAGA